AUGUCCAACAGCAGCUCCAUCACUGAGUUCCUCCUCCUGGUAUUCACAACCACACGGGAACUGCAGCUCGUGCACGUCUGGCUCUUCCUGGGCAUCUACCUGGCUGCUCUCCUGGGCAAUGGCCUCAUCAUCACUGCCAUCGCCUGCGACCACCACCUCCACACCCCCAUGUACUUCUUCCUCCUCAACCUCUCCCUCCUCGACCUGGGCUCCAUCUCCACGUCUGUUCCCAAAUCCAUGGCCAUUUCCCUCUGGGACACCAGGGCCAUCUCCUACACAGGAUGUGCUGCACAGGUCUUUUCUCUUACCUUUUUGAUAGUAGCAGAGUAUUCUCUCCUCACUGUCAUGUCCUAUGACCGCUACGUUGCCAUCUGCAAACCCCUGCACUACGGGACCCUGCUGGGCACCAGAGCUUGUGUCCACAUGGCAGCAGCUGCCUGGGGCAGUGGGUUUCUCAAUGCUGUGCUGCACACGGCCAAUACAUUUUCUAUACCACUCUGCCACGGCAAUAAACUGGACCAAUUCUUCUGUGAAAUCCCCCAGAUCCUCAAGCUCUCCUGCUCAGAUGCCGACCUCAGGGAAGCUGGGCUUCUUGUAGUUGCUGUCUGCUUAGCACUUGGUUGUUUUAUUUCCAUUGUGCUGUCCUACAUGCAGAUCUUCAGGGCCGUGCUGAGGAUCCCCUCUGAGCAGCCCCCCUCCAUCUCCUCCCCAUCCCUGGACCUGGUGGUGGCAGUUCUGUAUUUGGUGGUGCCUCCAGCAGUGAACCCCCUCAUCUACAGCAUGAGGAACCAGGAGCUCAAGGAGGCCGUUAGGAAAGUGAUUUCAUGGAAGUUUUUCAGUCGUGAUAAACCUCCCAUCUUGUCCCGUCCCACUCAGGGG